UGAAUCAAUAAGAGUAUUAAUUAUUGUAUACUGAUAUGGUUCUUGAGUAUUCAAGAAAAACGUGGAUUUUCCAACUGAAAGCUUGGCAGAAUAACAGCUGUAUAACGGAAAGUAGCUGCAGUUAAUAUUUAUAGUGAAAAUGUACUUUCUCCUAAAUAAAUAAAGUAUAUUCCAGUUACCUAAAUGUUAACAAUGUAUAAUACCUGAUUUAGAAUUUUAAUAGAAAUCAUUAUACAUUUUACAUUCUUGUUAGUUUUUCCCUAUAUAGUAUCAGGUGCAUAAACUGUGUGUAUGUGUGUGUGCAUGUUUGGACUUGACGAUGUAUUCAUAAAAUGAGAAUACAGAAAUACAGUAACAAACUUUACAGGUGAAAUAGGUUAUACAACUGCAUCAAUAUCUGAAUAUUGUUUAACUGCAAGAAUUACCCAUGCAGCAUCCUAAGAUUAAAUUACUGUUGCAAAACCUUUUUCUGAUGUAGUGCUCUUAUUGACUGAUGAUGGAAAUAUUUUAGUGUUGCAAUAAAAAAAGUGCAUGAAAGUAUGCUUAAAGCUACAGAAAACACAAGGAGCUGUUUUGGAGGAAGUCUGACUACAAUAAUAAUGGAAGAGAAUGCAAUCUUAUAUUUAACUCAUUGGCAGGAAGGGGGAUUAUCAGUAAAACAUCAGAGACAUUUGAAACAUAAUAUCUUAUCUCAUUAUCUGGAGAUUAGAUUGAAGAAGUACUGGGCCAGUAUUUUGUGAUUAGACUGCAGCAUAUACUCUGAUAACAUUUAUAGGAUGUUACCAAACAGUUUUCUGUGAGUUACAGUGUGACAUAAAUUUCACCUGUUUACUCAAAGUAACUAGAUACAAAUCAGUAUAUCAGGUAGUGUCUACAAAUGAAUACUGGCCAGAAAAGCAAAGAGAAUGUCCACUCAAGAAAAUUUUCAACAAACAGUCAACAGUAACGAAGAAAAUAACAGAGAGCAUCAUCACACACAAUCAGUGACAGAAGGACAUGUUACCAAUGGAAAUCAAGUCAUAGAAGCCAUCACACCAACAGAGGGACAUGUUAUCAAUGAAACUGAACAAGGCAAUGAAGAUUUUCAUCAUUCUGCAACAGAGUUUCACAUGCCUGUAUAUUCUGAGAGGACCACUAUAACUAUCCAGCCUCGAAGAACAGAUGAUGACCGUGUCCCAAUGCCAGUGUCUUCAGCAAACUGGCAAACUACCAGCUUCACACAUUUCAUACCAUUGUCAGGACUUGAUUUCUUGACUGUAGCUGAUCAGCUGAUUAUACAGCAAACUGUUGAAUUACAAGACAUUUUGGCAACUGUUGAGUCUGAAAAUCGUUAUCUUGUAAAAGUACCACAUGGAGAAGUUCUUUACUAUGCUGCUGAAGCUUCAGGAACAUUACAACGCAUGUUCUGUGGUUCAUCAAGAGGCUUCUACAUGAAAUUAUUUGAUCAGACUCGCCAGCAAGCAAUUUUAUUAAAAAGAAGACUGGCAUGUGCAAACUGCUGUUGUGGGUGUUACCUGCAGGAAAUGAAGCUGUUUACACCAGGUGGUGUACUACUAGGAUCAGUUGAACAGGAAUGGACAUUGAUUAAUCCUUCAUUCGUUGUGCGAGAUUCUGAUGGGAAUAUUGAAUAUGUCAUAGAAGGUCCACAACAUUUCCCAUGCACUAACUAUGAUGGAACAACAUUCAGAGUUCUUAGCCGAGAUGGCCUGACCCAGCUUUCAACAAUUGUUCAUGAAUGGAACAAUUUGACUGGAGAUUUUAACAUAAUAGUGACAUUUCCAACAGAUAAUUUGCAUCCAAAGAUGAAAGCUGUCUUUUUGGGAGCUGGAUUUCUUUUGGAAUAUAUGUUCUUUGAAACAUCAAAACGAACAAAUAGGUGUCAGAAAUGGUUCCGAUAAAGGAGAUCAGUUUCUUAUCGCUGUUUCUAUAAGCAGCCAAAAGAAACGAGGCAAAUUAAAGUUUUAUACUGGGUGCUGCUUAUGGAUAUAGUAUGUCAUCUGCAGUGUUGUUCAAGAGAAUCAGCCUUUAGAAAUUCUGUAAGGUUUUUGGAUCUGUCAUAACAGAAUCUUUUAUACUUUGUGUAAACAUUGUGUACAUUGUGUAAAAAAACUACAUAUACAAAAUUUUAGAGUGCUUAGAGGAGACAAAAGCAGAUACCUUUGUAUGUGGCAACAAUAUCACAGGUGCACCAUUUACUUACUGAUCAUGCACAAUGGUACCGAUGCUAGUGAUUUUCAGACAUGGUACGCAAAUUACAUAUGAUGAAUAUUGUGUUAAGGAUAUUGCUGAAAACAGCAUUCACUUACAUUAAUGCAUAUCUGGUAUCUCCAUGCUAAUGAUGGUCUAAAGCAAUAAAAAACAGGCAUUUCAUGAAUAAUGACUACAGCUUCAGUGAAGUGGAUGAUCAUCUCAUCUGGAGUGUCUAUUGAAGUCCUGUACACUAUACACUUCGCCUCUCCCCACAUAAAGAAAUCAUAAGGAGCUCACCAACAUUUCUAAAAAUAAUAUUCAUCACAUUUCAGUUUAAUACUAUCUCUGAACAUCACUGGUGUCAAAAUCUUUACUGAUACCUAGCAGAGAAAUGGCACACCUGUGACAUAUGUGUUAUAUAAAGAAAGUGUUCUUUUUGAGGCCUCCAAAGAACCUAAAACUUGAUGUACAGAGAUUUCUUUAAAUCCUCUAUAUCUGGAACAACUCAUAGAAACAGUUAUAAAAUUCUGAUUUACUACAUUACAUAUACAACCAAUAUAUUAAGAGUUUUGCUUGGUAUCUAAGCAGUGUAUGUACAGGUUUGUGUAAUACUCAGAUUUGUAGGUGAAGAUACUCUUAUUUUAUGUGAUUUAUAUGGUAUUUUAUAAGAAAUAUGUUUCUCUCCCAAUGAGUGAGGUGUCCAAAUAAAGAAUAUAUCAGUAAAAACUAGUUAUCAAAAGUAAAAUAUAAUCUCAUGACACAGAUCAAUGUGAAUUAAACUCAGUAGCAAGUUGAGAAAACCAUCAGUUAAGCAUAAAUUCUAACCAGUAAAUAAUUUUUUUAGCUGGUUUAAUGAUAAACAUAAUCUGAGGUUAUGUUAUCAUAAGGAUAUUAUUUAAAUUAGAUGACUUUGCUGUACCUGUCACUCUGUACAUUAAACAGUUAUAGCAUCAGCAUCAUCAUCAGUAUGCCAAAAAACGUAAAAUUUUAGCUUGUAUGGCACACAGAAAAGAAAUAAGCAAGAUCAGAAUUUUCCAUCCUGUUUACAUUAAGGCCAUUACAAAUUUGGCACUAUCUCAGAUUAACAAGUGCCUGGAAUUUUACCUGAGCCACUCUGAAGGAUCUAUACCAGCAUGUAUAUAAGAAAAUGUAAAUCAGUAUAUUUAACUGGUUAUUUGAACACUGGCACCUGUCCAUCAUUUCCUCUUCAACCACUACCACCACGACCACCCAGAGAAGAAAAAAAGAAACUAAAAAGUAGAGGCAGAAAAAUGGUCAUACAAAUGGUUUUGCUGGAGAAUAGGAUCAUGUUAUAAUGCCUGUUUAGAAAGGAAGACAAAUUUGUACUCUUUAAUAUUAGUGUUUUUUAGGUGCUAUAUUAUUUUAUUGACACACAGAACCACUGAAACCAUUGCAUUUGUAAAUGAACAGCAACUAAAACUUUAGCAAAAAUUUUGUCAUAGUGAGUGCACACAACAAAAGGAUUUCACUUGUGUUCCAAUGGAUACAUCACUUAUUGACACAAUGAAUUACACAUUUUCAUUUCUUACAGUAAUUGAGUGUGUGUUCUGCUGGUAUAUCAGACUACUUCUACAAGCAACAAUACAAAUAAGGAAUUAUGUGCAUCUAUUGCACAGUUUAGAUUUACUGCAAAACAAGAUGAGAAAAAGAUAGUCAAGAAGGGAGCAGAAAUAAUAUAUGUGUGCAGUACUGAUAAUCAAUUGUAUUUGUAAAGCUAUACAUCAAAAAUUUCAUAUUUUUUCUUAGCUAAUGGCUUGCAUUUUGUCACAAGAAACACUUCUUCUUAAAAUAUGUGUGUACUGUUCUCUGUUGUUGAUAUGAAUUAACACCUUAUGUAUUUCAUAUACUAGCCGCUAAUGUAAACAAAGUCUGAGUUACUAAGACUGUAAUAUCAAAUCAUUGUGGUGAAAUAAAUUCUUCUUUGCCUUCCUAGAAGACUAUACCUUCUGAAGGAGCAAUGUAAAAGUAAA